AUGGGCCUUGUCUAUCACUCCCGGGUUAUCCUUCGAACUACGUCUCUGCCUAAGUAUUGUCAAGAUCGCAUGCAUGCGACGGACUUUGGGAAGAACACAAUCUUUCGAGUGCUGCUGGCCAGGAACCUCAAUCCAGACACCGAUUUCGUCGAGGUGUAG